GUCAGUGGUAGAUGUCAUAAGCGCGCGACUCUCGCCUGUACCUGGGCAUCCAGGAAAAUGGUGGUGAUGGCGCGACUCUCGCGGCCCGAGCGGCCGGACCUUGUCUUCGAGGAAGAGGACCUCCCCUAUGAGGAGGAAAUCAUGCGGAACCAGUUCUCUGUCAAAUGCUGGCUUCGCUACAUCGAGUUCAAACAGGGCGCCCCGAAGCCCAGGCUCAAUCAGCUAUAUGAGCGGGCACUCAAGCUGCUACCUUGCAGCUACAAACUCUGGUACCGAUACCUGAAGGCACGUCGGGCACAGGUGAAGCAUCGCUGUGUGACCGACCCCGCCUACGAAGAUGUCAACAACUGUCAUGAGAGGGCCUUUGUGUUCAUGCACAAGAUGCCCCGUCUGUGGCUAGAUUACUGCCAGUUCCUCAUGGACCAGGGGCGCGUCACACAUACCCGCCGCACCUUCGACCGUGCCCUCCGGGCACUGCCCAUCACGCAGCACUCUCGAAUUUGGCCCCUGUAUCUGCGCUUCCUGCGCUCACACCCACUGCCCGAGACAGCUGUGCGAGGCUAUCGGCGCUUCCUCAAGCUGAGUCCCGAGAGUGCAGAGGAGUACAUUGAGUACCUCAAGUCAAGUGACCGGCUGGAUGAGGCCGCACAGCGCCUGGCCACUGUGGUGAACGACGAGCGUUUCGUGUCUAAGGCUGGCAAGUCCAACUACCAGCUGUGGCACGAGCUGUGCGACCUCAUCUCCCAGAACCCGGACAAGGUACAGUCCCUCAAUGUGGACGCCAUCAUCCGUGGGGGCCUCACCCGCUUCACCGACCAGCUGGGCAAGCUCUGGUGUUCGCUCGCUGACUACUACAUCCGCAGCGGCCACUUCGAGAAGGCUCGGGAUGUGUACGAGGAGGCCAUCCGGACGGUGAUGACCGUGCGGGACUUCACACAGGUGUUUGACAGCUAUGCCCAGUUUGAGGAGAGCAUGAUCGCCGCAAAGAUGGAGACCGCCUCAGAGCUGGGGCGCGAGGAGGAGGACGACGUGGACCUGGAGCUGCGCCUGGCCCGCUUCGAGCAGCUCAUCAGCCGACGUCCCCUGCUGCUCAACAGCGUCUUGCUGCGCCAGAACCCACACCACGUGCACGAGUGGCACAAGCGUGUCGCCCUGCACCAGGGCCGCCCCCGGGAGAUCAUCAACACCUACACAGAGGCUGUGCAGACGGUGGACCCCUUCAAGGCCACAGGCAAGCCCCACACUCUGUGGGUGGCGUUUGCCAAGUUUUAUGAGGACAACGGGCAGCUGGACGAUGCCCGUGUCAUCCUGGAGAAGGCCACCAAGGUGAACUUCAAGCAGGUGGAUGACCUGGCAAGCGUGUGGUGUCAGUGCGGGGAGUUGGAGCUCCGACACGAGAACUACGAUGAGGCCUUGCGGCUGCUGCGAAAGGCCACGGCGCUGCCUGCCCGCCGGGCCGAGUACUUUGAUGGCUCAGAGCCCGUGCAGAACCGCGUGUACAAGUCGCUGAAGGUCUGGUCCAUGCUCGCCGACCUGGAGGAGAGCCUCGGCACCUUCCAGUCCACCAAAGCCGUGUAUGACCGCAUCCUGGACCUGCGCAUCGCGACACCCCAGAUCGUCAUCAACUAUGCCAUGUUCCUGGAGGAGCACAAGUACUUUGAGGAGAGCUUCAAGGCGUACGAGCGCGGCAGGCAGAAAACCCAGCCGCCUGCCUGCCCAUGCCGCGGACCAGCAGGCCGGGCGGCUCACCGUGCCGUGGCACUGCCGGAGACCUUGAGGCAUGCUGCGGAGGCCAUGAAGUUGACCUGUGUGUUGUACGUGGCCUGCACGCUGCGCCGGAUCGCCAGCAUCUCCUUGAUGGUGUCCCUCGUUCCUGCGGACCUCGAAGUCCUUCCACGUCUGCAGAACGCGCCGGUCGUCGUCCCCCAGGCCUACCCGGGGUCACAGACUGGGAGCAGAAGCUGUAGAUGGCCCGGGCGCGUCGAUCUCCCCGAGCUUGCACUCCAUAUCUGCAAACCGGCAGCACAUCUCACGCGCGUGCUCGUCCGACAGCACCUGGGACACAGGGUUGGGAUGCAGGAGCGCGACCAGCCCUCGCGUGCCCAGAGCAAGAUCCUGUUCGUGAGGAGUGACGCCUCUCGGGAGGAGCUGGCGGAGCUGGCACAGCAGGUCAACCCCGAGGAGAUCCAGCUGGGCGAGGACGAGGACGAGGACGAGAUGGACCUGGAGCCCAACGAGGUUCGGCUGGAGCAGCAGAGCGUGCCAGCCGCCGUGUUCGGCAGCCUGAAGGAAGACUGACCCGUCCCUCCCUCCCGGAGUUCUACUUCCGU